AUGGAGAGAUUAGAGGAAGAGAGGGUCGAGGGUGGGGGAGGCUGUCAGAUAGAUACAUGGGUCAUAGGUCAUCGUUUAUGUAUUUGUAUAAGUGGACCCGGUUCUCGUAAAGGAAGGAUCGUUGAUGAUAUGGUUCAUAUGUAUGGAUUCAAAGUGAUCAUUGUGGAGGAUCUACUCUUGGCUGAACUUCCCAAGAAAGUAGCAAACAUCUCGGCAGGUGGAAGCAUUAGAGAGACAAUGUCUAUCGUAUCGGAGAAUUCCGGUUUAAUCAAUCUUGAGUGGAUAUUUCAAAUGAUAUCCGAUGAGAUCGACAAAGCUCCUAAGCACAUCUAUCUGGUUGACAUCGUUCCAAACCUAAGGUUCCUUCUACGAUGUGGGGCACUCACGGGGGAUCCGGAAUAUGAACUCAGCAAAUUCACACAGAAGUACCCAUCAUACUUUGCGUUGAACCUUGCCAUCCAUGAAAACAAGAUUCUUGAAGAAGCUAAAGCACAUGGAGCUAAACACCCUGAUAAGAUGAAAGAAGGCGGACAGAGUGACGAAGCUGAUUCAUCAAGACUAGCAAGAAGAAACGUAUUGUAUCAGAACAGUGUUAAGGCGUGGCUAGCAUAUUUCCGUAAUGAACAUCGGUUGGUAACAGUUGAUGUCUCUUGUGGUGUGAGUGAUCUCAUCUGGCAUAGAGUAUGUGAUUUCUUUGGACAUGAUCUGGAAUGUUUGCCAAAGAAGACGGUCAAUACAGUAGUUUUAUUCGCUUUCAAUGGGUAUGACUAUUCAGCAAUAGAUAUGCAGAGAUAUCAUAUGGAGCUCAUUCAUCUAAAAGAUGUUCUGCCAAAACCAGAUAUGCUACCGGAUGCUGCUCUCCACACACUAAGCUUACACAUUGACAAAACGGCGCCCACGGCAGAAUCAUUCUGCGUUGACCUGACGGACACAUCAAUCACAAAAGACAUGGAGAGGCUGGAUCACUCCAAGCGAGAGUUCCGGAGAGAGAUGAGGUUUAUUGAAUGGGAAGACACGUACUUGGACAAAUACAUCUUCAUUAGCUCGGAGAAGAAGGAAAGGGGUCGCAAGACUAGUCUCUUUGUCCAGACCUUCAAAGUCAUCGCUACCACAGAAAACGAAGUGUGUCUAUUCCCACCGGAGACCGACGUCGGACUCUGUCAGGAUUUGGCCUUCUCAUUCGGUCAUCACAGACACCCCUCUGCGAGAUAAGGAGGGUACAACGUUGCCUCCCUCACACCCCCCACCCCCCAUUAGUUUUCAGCAGUGUAAAAAGGUUGUAAGUUACACGUUUGUUGUGGGGAUUCCGUAACAUAGGGUACAUGUGAUAUUUUUUGUGUCCCAUUUAAUGCAUGAUAAACUUUGAACCAUAUACAUGUACAAUCCAA